AUGGUUCCCAAGGCGCGCGGCGGGCGGACCUUCUACGUCGCCGCUGCUCUAUGGUUCCCACGGCGCGCGGCGGACGGGACCUUCUACGUCGCCGCUGCUCUAUGGUUCCCACGGCGCGCGGCGGGCGGACCUUCUACGUCGCCGCUGCUCUAUGGUUCCCACGGCGCGCGGCGGGCGGACCUUCUACGUCGCCGCUGCUCUAUGGUUCCCACGGCGCGCGGCGGGCGGACCUUCUACGUCGCCGCUGCUCUAUGGUUCCCACGGCGCGCGGCGGGCGGACCUUCUACGUCGCCGCUGCUCUAUGGUUCCCAUGGCGCGCGGCGGGCGGACCUUCUACGUCGCCGCUGCUCUAUGGUUCCCACGGCGCGCGGCGGGCGGACCUUCUACGUCGCCGCUGCUCUAUGGUUCCCGCGGCGCGCGGCGGACGGGACCUUCUACGUCGCCGCUGCUCUAUGGUUCCCACGGCGCGCGGCGGGCGGACCUUCUACGUCGCCGCUGCUCUAUGGUUCCCACGGCGCGCGGCGGGCGGACCUUCUACGUCGCCGCUGCUCUAUGGUUCCCACGGCGCGCGGCGGGCGGACCUUCUACGUCGCCGCUGCUCUAUGGUUCCCGCGGCGCGCGGCGGACGGACCUUCUACGUCGCCGCUGCUCUAUGGUUCCCACGGCGCGGCGGGCGGUAUAAGAGGCGGCCGUGGCGCGCGCCGCGGCCAGACGCGUGGGGACAGCCCGCACGAGAGCUGCUGGCGGCGCGACGGAGUGAGAGAAACAAAACACGGCGAACGGCGCGCCGGUCACGGUGGCGCGCGGUCGGAGCGGGGUUUUCGGAACGGAGUCCGUCCGCCCGCCAUGCGGGGGCUUCUUCUUCUUCUUCAUCUUCUGCCGGCCCUGGCGCGGUGCCUCGCGGCGAUCGCGUCGACCGGCGAGCCGCUGUACCUCACCCCGGCGGAGCUGUGCCGGCGCCAGGCUCGCUACGUGUGCGAGAGCCACGAGCUGGCCACGGCAGACGGCUACCUGCUGCAGGUGCACCGGGUGAGACUGCCCGGUGCGCUGGGCCCGCCGGUGCUGCUGCUGCACGGCAUCUUCAUGGCCUCGGACUGCUGGCUGCUGGCGCCGCGCGGCCAGUCCCUGGGCUUCCUUCUGGCGGACGAGGGCUACGACGUGUGGCUAGGCAACCUCCGGGGCAACGCCUUCGCGCGCAACCACACGCGCCUGUCGCCCGAGCAGCGGGACUUCUGGACCUUCACGUUCCACGAGAUGGGCGUGUGGGACGUGCCGGCGACGGCGGAGCUGGUGGCGCGCGCCCGCGGAGGAGGGGCAGGGGGGGCAGCGGAGCCCCUGCGCUGCGUGGGGCACUCGAUGGGCGCCACGGCGCUGCUGGUGGCGUGCUCCGAGCGCCCCCUCUGGUGCGGCUCGGCGCUGCGCGGGCUCGUGCUGCUGGCGCCGGGCGCCUUCCUGUCGCGCGGCCGCAGCCCGGUGGUGCGCGCGCUGCUCGCCCUGCACGACCGCCUCUGGGACGUGUUCUACCUGUCGGGGCAGUACGAGGUCCUGCCGUCCAACCGCCGCGUGUCCAGGCUCAUCAGGAUGUGCGACCGCAGUCCUGCCGUGCGCCGUCUGUGCGAGGUCUUCUACGACGUCACUCUGGGCCGCUCCUACUACGGCAUCAACAAGACUGUCGCACUGACAUUUUUGGCACACGUUCCAGCCGGCAGUUCUCUUUACACAGUGGACCACUUCACGCAGAUCAUGAAAUCAGGCGAGUUCAAGCGGUACGACCGCACCAUCAGCGGCCGCCUGGACCGGCCGAGCACCGCCCGGGAGGUGAGCCCGUACCACCUGGGGCGCGUGACCCUGCCCGCGGCCAUCCACUUCAGCCAGGCGGACACGCUAGUGGACCCCGAGGAUGUAUUGGAACUGUCUCGCCUUCUGCCGAACGUGGUUAACCUGCAUAAGAUAACCGACCCAAAGUUCGACCAUCUCAGCUUCAUCGCAGGCAACAACGUGAGAGAACUCCUUUACGACCAGAUCUUGGCCGACCUGAGGGCGAUGUGAGCGAGCGACCUCCGACACUCCACUCAAUGUCACAGCACAAACCAAAGAUUUAUUUAUGUAUUUAUAUUUAUUAUAUUUAAAGCUGGGCAGCUGUCCAAAGUAACACCAAGCCAGGUAAGACCAGUAGACUACUGACUGCUUGCAUAUUGCAAGGUGUCAUCCAGUUGCUUCAGAGCAAGAAAAUCUACCUCAAGAACGUGUAAUCGUUAUGUCAAACUGCGCGUUAAAUUCAAUGCAAUCAAAAAAAAAAAAAAAACCAAUGUUUUCUCCUUGUGCUGCAUAAACCCACCUAGUCCUGAAGUUAGAUGCAAAAAUAAUUUAUCAAUGUGCACAAUUUCUGAUAAAUAAAUACCUCUGUGCACGAAAUUGUAAGUGUAGUUAAAUAAUGUAACUGUAACUUGGUGCCAAAUAAUGUAUGAAUAUUUUGAAGCUUAACUGAGAAAAUAAUAAUAUAAAAAAGUUGUUGUACAUCUACUCAAGUCACAAAUGUAGCUACAAACAUACUCCAGUUUCAUUCUUGCAGAUAAUGUUUAAAAUAAAUAAAGCAUUCAAAAUUUAUGGAAAUAUAACAACGGGUUGAACAACAUUAAGAGUGAUAGAAACACUGAUUAAUGACACAUCAUUAUAUAUUUUAUUUGACUGAAUUAAUUCGAAAAUCAUAUAAUUCACUACAUUUGCAUUAGUUGAUUUUAUCAGACCAUUCGUUCUCCAAUGGCUUUGUUUAAAAGAAAAAACUGUAACGCAAACAUUGCAUGCAUUUUAAAAAUAGGUAUCUCAUUUUAAGUCAGAUGAAUUAAAAAAACAUAUUAAGUCCCAUUUAAUGAAAAACAAAAAGAUGCAUUCACUGGUCAGGAACUAUUUCAAGGAACAGGGCACACGAUUUGUACUGCAGCUGUCUUCUUAGUUCUUAACCACCAUUUAUUGAGCUAUUAAAAAUAAUUACAUUAUCAAUUUUUUUUUUGUAGUUUGCUUCAAAAUUAAUUAAUCUAGUUCAU